AUGCCGAUCCUCACUCUUGGUUUCUUCUGCCUACAACUGGAUCGGGGCAAUAUGGCAAACGCAAUCACUGAUCGUUUUAUGGAAGACGUCGGUAUCAAUCAAGACCAGUUCAAUGUCGGCCAGCAGAUGCUGUCGCUUGGUAUUGUGCUUUUCGAAAUUCCCUCCAACAUGAUACUCUACCGAGUAGGGCCUGGCAAAUGGCUCACAUUACAACUCUUCCUAUUUGGCAUCGUCAGCACUUUCCAGGCUUUUCAAAGAGGCUAUGGUCCCUUCAUCGCGACGCGCUUCCUCCUCGGAAUCACAGAGUCGGGAUUCAUCCCAGGGGGCUUAUGGACGUUAUCAACAUGGUACACUCGUGACGAAACUGCCAAGCGCGUCAUGGUAUUCUACUUUGGUAACCAGAUCGGACAGGCGUCCGCUAAGCUGCUCGCAUAUGGCAUCCUGCAUAUGCGCGGUGUUGGCGGUCAGCCUGGCUGGUUCUGGCUAUUCGCACUGAUGGGUUCGUUCACGGUACUGGGCGGAAACCGACGAGGCGAGACAGUCAUGGUCGGCUUCUUUUGCCAUCUACUCGGCUAUAUUUUCAACCGUGUAUUUACCGACGUGCCAAAGCGCGGCGUUCGCUACUUCGGAGUCGUCUGGACUCAGACCUUUGGCACUUUCUCGCAUCCGCUUAACAUUGCGUGGCUAUCUCUCGCCUGUAAUGAUUCAGAGCAACGUGCUCUCGCCAUGGCAGGUGUGAUCAUGGGCGCCAACAUUGCCGGUAUCUACGGCGCACAGAUAUUUCGCCGUGAUGACCGACCUUUGUACCGUCGCGGCUUUAGCGUGGCGAUCGCUGUGCUAGCCGCAGGUCUUGUCAUGGCCAUCGCACGAUGGGUCGAUGAUGUACUGACUAGGCGACGCAGGAAGGUUGACAGGCCCGAGUCCACGGCGUCCACUGACGACCAAACAAUAGAUAAAGAGGGAGCAGGCAAGACGACACCGCCGCCGCCAAGCGAUGUGCAGCCACGGCUGGUAUUGAUCGACGAUAAAAUGAAGCCAGUCGUUUCUAAGGCCGUCUGA